AUGAAGAUGAUGAAGACGAGGGUCUCCUCCGCGCGCCUCCGCUGCCUGCUCCUGCUCCUCCUCGCGCUCAGCGCCUCCUUCAGCUGCUCCGCCGCUGCGCCGAGAGACGCCAAACUCCGCCUGCUGCUGCACCGGAGCCCGCCGAGCUCCAAGCAGGACCUGUCGCGCUCCUCCCUCGCCGAGCUGCUCCUGUCGGACCUGCUGCAGGUGGAGAACGAGGCGGUGGAGGAGGACGGGUUCGGGCCGGGCGACGGCCAGCCUGAGGACGUGCACGUGGACCUGGAGCGCGCGGCGGGCGGCGGCCCGCUGCUCGCCCCCCGGGAGAGGAAGGCCGGCUGCAAGAACUUCUUCUGGAAGACCUUCACCUCCUGCUGAGCCCGCGCCGCCCGCUGUACAGCCGCGCUCCGACCAUCCGUUUUCUGAAUGUAAACUCCAACAAACUAUUUUUAAUCCUCAAUUUGAAUAAAAUCUGUUUGAG